GGCCGCUGCCCUCACCGGGGCGGGCGGGGAGCCCCCGGCCUCCCUCGGAUCGCUCCCAGCCCACCUCACCCCACCCCCACAGCGCCUGCUCCCUUCCCAGCCACCUCCCCUCCUCCCCCACAUCCGGUGCUGGCGAAAUUAGGAGCCCGGGGCAGCUCCUCCAAGCCCCCCUGCUCCCCGACUCCCGGAGCGAGCAUUGACGUUCGAUUGCUUUUUUGGGGGGGGCCAUAGCUUCCCUAGUUCAGCGGACCCCCACCGAGCGCCAGGAGCUGAAUUUACCUACUCUCAUUCCUCUCCAGGGUCUCACUACUUUGGAGGUUUUCUCAAAUUCCACAUACAGAAAGCCACCGACCUUAUUCCGGUAUCCUACACCCCUUCCUUAUCCUAAUUAUACGCCCACCCCCAGCCCUCCGCAUCGGAGUCAAGAGCCACGGGGACACUUCAGUUCUCCUUGUAGGAUUGAUGAAAUCGUAAUGAAGAACGCCCCCUAAGCUCCCAUAAGCGAUUUGGGGAUAUUCCCUGCCCAAAAAUUUCCUGGAAAAUUGACUAGUAUUAAGUGCGUGAUAGAUUGGAACUCAGUGAAGACACAGAUGUUCCUGUUGAGAGCAACCAGCUAAUCAUUACAUUUUAAAGGCGAUUUCUGUGAUUGAGUUGUCUUUUGGAAGAUUAAAUCCAUUUCAAGAGGACUUGAAGCUGGUCCUCACCUUGAGGAAGCAGUGGCUUGUUUUCAAGAAUCCCUUCCUGAUUUCAGGAUCCACCCAGCAUGCCUAAUCAAGGAGAAGACUGCUAUUUUUUUUUCUAUUCUACAUGUACCAAAGGUGACAGCUGUCCGUUCCGUCACUGCGAAGCUGCACUAGGAAAUGAAACUGUUUGCACAUUAUGGCAAGAAGGACGCUGUUUUCGACAGGUGUGCAGGUUUCGGCACAUGGAGAUUGAUAAAAAACGGAGUGAGAUUCCUUGUUACUGGGAAAAUCAACCAGUGGGAUGUCAAAAACUAAACUGCGCUUUUCAUCACAACAGAGGACGUUACGUGGAUGGCCUUUUUCUACCUCCAAGCAAAAUUGUGUUGCCCACUGUGCCUGAGUCACCAGAGGAGGAAGUGAAGGCUUCCCAGCUCACAGUUCAACAAAACAAAUUGUCUGUCCAGUCCAAUCCCUCCCCUCAACUACGAAGUGUGAUGAAAGUAGAAAGUUCAGAAAAUGUUCCUAGCCCCACACAUCCACCAGUUGUGAUCAAUGCUGCAGAUGAUGAUGAAGACGAUGAUGAUCAGUUUUCUGAGGAAGGUGAUGAAACCAAAACACCAACCCUGCAACCAACUCCUGAAGUUCAUAAUGGAUUACGAGGGGCUUCUGCCCGGAAACCCGGGGUCAAUUUAAAACAAGGUGAAUGUUUGAAUUUUGGAAUAAAAACUCUUGAGGAAAUCAAGUCAAAGAAAAUGAAGGAAAAGUCCAAGAAGCAAGGUGAAGGUUCUUCGGGAGUUUCCAGUCUUCUACUCCAGCCUCAGCCCAUUCCAGGUCCUGAAAAAGAGAAUGUCCGGACUGUGGUGAGGACAGUAACUCUCUCCAACAAACAAGGAGAAGAACCCUUGAUAAGGUUGAGUCUCACCGAGAGACUGGGGAAACGAAAAUUUUCUGUAGGUGGUGACAGUGAUCCGCCGUUAAAGCGUAGCCUUGCACAGAGGCUAGGGAAGAAAGUUGAUGCUUCAGAAACUGACAAAACACCAAAGAAAGUUCAAGUUUCCAAGUCUCUAAAGGAACGAUUAGGUGUGUCAGCUGCUCAAAACAAUGAGGAGGCAGCAGAGAGAAUUACUAACGUUGGCGAGAUCCAUGUGAAGACUUUAGAAGAAAUUCUUCUCGAAAGAGCCAGUCAGAAACGCGGAGAAUUGCAAACUAAACUCAAGGCAGAAGGCUCUUCAAAAGCUGAUGAUCCUACUUCAGGAGCAAGAAGCUCUUCCACCGUUCGAAUCAAAACCUUCUCUGAGGUCCUGGCUGAAAAGAAACACCGGCAGCAGGAAGCAGAGAGACAGAAAAGCAAAAAGGAUGUCGCCUGCGGCAAGUUAAAGACGGAUAGUGACACUAAAAAAACAUCGGUUUUGCCGCCAAUGGUGGCCAACAAAGGACAAUUAGAGGAGCCUGCAGGGAGAACAAAGUCUAUGCAGGAGGUGCAUAUCAAGACGCUGGAGGAAAUUAAACUGGAGAAGGCACGGAGGGUGCAGCAGAGCUCCAAGAGCAGCCCCAGCUCCCAGCCUCAGCCUGAGAUCACCGCGGGGGCGCGGCGGCUUUUCCGAAUCACCAAAAAGUCAGGUAUGAAAGAAGAGAAGAACCUUAAAGAAGAAAGUGAAGUUGCAUUUCAGAGCAGUGUUGCUAGAAUAGAGGCUAAAGAGGCUUCAAAUGAGACAACAGGAGGUGGCAUUAAAAUUCCAGUCAAGAAAAGUGAGACGAUGCGAGAAAAGUACGUACAGAAACAGCCAGAGAGGGGAACCUCACAGAAGGAAAAACCUGUUCUGCCACCCCCCUGGGGAGCUGUAGACGCUGGUAGUGCCCAGCCAGCAGACCCGCCAGUGCUCGCUGCUGCGCCGAGCAUCACACGGAGCCUCACAAAGCGGCUUCCUGCCAAGUCAUCCCAGAAGGCAGAGGUGGAAACCGCACGGAUUGGCGACUCAAUACUGAGUGUGAAGUGUGCAGCACAGACUGUGGAGAAAAGGGUUAAAGCUAAACCCAAAGUGAAUGUGAAGCCAUCUGUGGUUAAAGUGGUCUCUUCCCCCAAAUUGGCCCUGAAGCGCAAGGCAGCGGAGAUCCACCCUGCCGUGGCAGCGGUGAAGCCGCUCAGCGCCAGCGGGGACCUACAGGAGAGCCCGGCCAAGAAAGCAGCCAUGGCUGUUGUCCCACUCCUCUCUGAGGACAAAGCAGUCACUGUGCCUGAGACAGAGAGACCUAGAGACAGUCUUGUGCUGCCUCCAGCCCAAUCCUCGUCAGAUCCCUCUCCACCAGAAGUAUCCGGCCCUUCCUCAUCCCAAAUGGCCACGAAAACUCGCCGACUCAGCACUGCUUCGACAGGAAAACCCCCGCUCUCUGUGGAGGAUGAUUUUGAGAAACUAAUAUGGGAGAUUUCAGGAGGCAAAUUAGAAGCCGAGAUUGACCUGGAUGCUGGGAAAGAUGAAGAUGACCUUCUGCUUGAGCUGUCAGAAAUGAUUGAUAGCUGAAGAUGAUAGUAGGACAUUUCAAACAAACAAAAACAAAAAAACUCACCAAAAAACUGCACUUAGUUUCAUCUAUUGUAACAUUUACCCAAGAUGAUCAUUUCUUUAGUCUAGAAUUUGCCCCAGAUCAGAAGUAUACCUCUGAAUUACCUGUAUGUGUCCUAGAUUCCUUGGGGUCAGAUUUUUAAAGUCCCUUGAUAAACAUUUUGUCCAUUUGAUGCCACUGUUUAGCAUCUUCAAGAAAAAGUUCUUUCUUACCCCUCUCUCCACAAAAAGACUGAGAGAGAGAUCCAAGUGAAUGAUGCAAGAGAACUUGGUGACUCCUUGAGGUGUUGUCAGUUUUGGCUUUUCCCCCUUAGUUGUAUUAUUUCUUUUAUGUAUUGUCUUAAUGUACUUACUGUUACCUGAGUUUGGAAAGGAUGAAGACAGCUGCUAUCAUAAGGACCAAAUUUCAUGCUACCACUAAAAAAAAAAUUCAGUCUGUGUUAAAUUGUAUGUCUUUUUUAAAGUAUUUGGAGAUUCGUCUAAGCUUUAGAGCUGAGCAGCUCAGGAAGCCUGUAAUCUGGACAUAACUUUUUGGACCCGAUUUUCAUGUUUCUACUGCUGAGUAAGCCUCUGAAGAUCAAUAGCUAAUUUAUUAUUACUGUAAUUUUUUAAGGCUUUAAAGUGCCUCAGGGGUUCUCUGAAAUUAAUUUUCUAUUUCUGGGAUUCCCUGGAUUCUUAUUAAGAGAUGGUGACAUAAUGAUUAGAGGAAUUCUCUUUUUAGUAUGAAAGUUGUCCCUUCUCUUUAGUACUUGCCUCCUACUCACAUUGAAUUAUCACAGGAAUAAAAAUUGGUUAAUUUUAUAUUUCUAACUCUCCCAGCAAACUCCUCUAACCCAGUAUUUAUUUGGUGUCCUUUAACUAUCAGAGGGAGGAAAUGAACUCAUUCAAGCUGCCAAUAUUUAUGUGUGGACUGUAGCAGUACAAUGAAUUGUACUACAGAAGGGAUUAUUUGAGAUGUUCUGGAGGUGUAUUGUAUACCAUCCAGUUUUCUUCAUUUCUGAAUUGAAUUUUCUUUCUUUGAUGUUGGUCUCCCUCCUUCAUAUCACCUCAAGGUUUAGACUGUGAAGGGACAAGUAUGCGGGGCUAAUCGUCUUAGAAGGAGACAUGACAUAUGUCGGAAGGAGGAGGAAAGAAGGACUUGUCCGUUUUGAUACUUUGCUGUAGGUGGCAGUUUUGUUUCUCAUAGGGGAAUCUGACCCACCUGUCAUGUUGGCUCCUAAGGAACUGCUAUUGUAAGCGGCUCAUCAAGAGUUGAACUUCAUGUAGCCUUGUUGAGAAUACGGAAAAGGAAGAAAGCCACAGGACUGCCCAUUCAGUCUUGGGAAGAUCUGGAUGAUUCUGCACAAGCAAAAAUGACUUGAAAUUUAUGUAUAGACACUCCUCUGUCGAUCCAUCUUCAGCUGACUGAAUGUUGUAUCAUAGCCCUUCUCCAAAGCAGGGGUGGAAUGUUUGGUUUCACCACAGAUUUUCUAAUCAUUUCAUUUCUGGAAUCAGCUUAGAUUCCAGGUCCGUUUUGUAUAUAAUCUUUAUUUGCUUUUUAAAAAAUAAUUUUGUUUCAUAUUUAAAGCCCUUGUAUUAGUCAAUGAUUCAUGUUCAGCAUUGUUUGAACCAUUUGCCAUUCAUUACACAAAGAGAAAUACUUAUUUGUGUUUUAAAUAAAACUGGUGUAGGAAAGUCUUGA